AUGGCUGAUGCAGGUGGCUGGACCACCAUCGAGUCCGAUGAGGGCCUAUUCACCUCUCUCAUCGAGACGCUGGGCGUAAAAGACACCCAAUUCGAAGAGCUGAUCUCUCUUGAUGCCGACACAAUACGCUCGCUAGGCUCCGUCUACGGCGUAAUCUUCCUCUUCAAAUGGACCCGUGAAGCAGCAGGCGCCCGCGCCGAAGCGCCCCUCGACGGCACAUACGACCCAAGCGCAACAGACAACGGCGUCUUCUUCGCCGCCCAGACAAUCCAAAACGCCUGCGGCACGCAAGCAAUCCUCUCCGUGAUCCUGAACCACGACAACCCACCCGCGCCCCUCCCUCCCAUCGACCUAGGCCCCGAGCUCCGCUCCUUCAAAGACUUCACGGCAGGCUUCCCACCCGAGCUUCGCGGCGAAGCCCUCUCCAACUCCGAAGCAAUCCGCACAGCCCACAACACUUUCGCGCGCGCAAGCCCCUUCGCCGACGAAACGGCCCGUCCCCAGGACGAGGAGAAUGGCGCGGACGUAUACCACUUCAUUGCGUACACGCCCGUGAACGGGGUUCUGUAUGAGCUGGAUGGGUUGCAGCCGCAUCCCAUUAGCCAUGGGCCUUGUGAUACGGCAUCGUUCCCGGAGAAGGUUAUUGAGGUGUUGCAGCGCCGUAUUGCGCGCUACCCACCCGAGGAAACACACUUCAAUCUUAUGGCUGUUGUGCAGGAUCCGAGGAGAAGGGCCAGGGAGAUUGGUGAUGUGGAGACGCUUGAGCGGGAGGAGAGGAAGAGGGCGGCGUGGCAGUGGGAGAAUACUUUGCGGCGGUGGAACUUUGUUGGGUUUAUUGGGGAGAUGAUGAAGGGUGUUGUGGGGAUGAAGGAGGGUCAGGAUGCGUCUGGAAACGCGUAUGCGGAUUGGGUUGAGGCGGCAAAGAAGGAGACGAGGAAGAAGUUGGAGAUGCGGAGGUAG